UUUGCGGUCUAAGCCGCCAUAUUGUGUGACUAGCGCGGGUCACUUGUGCGUGCAUGGUCGUUUUGUAAGAUAUUUUGUCAAUACAAAAGAGCAUAAGUACCCGCGAGUUGUAUGAAACUGAUAGUAAUGGAUCCAGCUAAAUUAAAAGUUGUCGAGCUACGUAGUGAAUUGGGCAAACGUGGCCUUGAUACUAAGGGAAAUAAAGCGGUAUUAGUUGAGCGGCUUCGCAAGGCGUUGGAGGAUGAAACUGGCGAUAGCGUUCAAGGAACAGUAUCUGCUGAUGUUCAAGUUGAAAGUUCAGGAGAUCCAAGUUCCCAAGAUGAACGAGAGAAAAGUCCAGAACCCACUAAGGUUACUACACCUGUCAGGACACCUGGUAGAUCUCCUAGGAGUUCUUCAGGUGGUAGUCCAAUAAAAACUCCUACAAGAGGCUCUCCAAAGACUAUAAUAACACCUGUAGCGCAAGAAACUCCUUCACCUGUAAAAUCACCUAUUAAAGAAACACCAAUCCCGAUAACAGAUACCUCUGCGACAACGGAAAUUAAUAGUGGAGAUGAGUUGGAGAAAAAUGAUAAACCUUCCCAUAUGACAGAGUCACAGAAUGCAGCUAUGGAGCAAAUGAGUGAGUCAUCAGAGACGGAAAUAUGUACUCCUCAACCAGCUGAAGAAGCACCCGAAAUAAGACCAGCUCAAGAUGAAUCGAUAAAUGAAUCCGAGCCGAUUUCCGAGAUAUCUGAAACUAAUAUAUCAGAAAAUGCAAUCAAAAAUGAUGAACCAAUGGAACAAGAACUUACAAAUGAUAAGGAAAAUGACGUUGAUAAUAAAAUAUCUGACGAAUAUUCUGAAGAAAAAUCAGAAGAUGAUAAGAUGUUUAAUUCUGUUGAGGAAACAGAAGAAAAAUGUGAAGAAACAGAAGAAAAAAUGGCAAUUAAUGACGUCGAUGAUCGAAAUCAGGAUUUUAAACCAGAAGAACAAUCUUUUGAUGACCUUAAUUCUUCAAGUGUUUCUGAUAAUAAAGAGAUACAACAAGAGUUCGAAGAACAAUCAUCGGAUAAUUUGAAACAAGAGACUGAUGAUCUAAAUGAAACAGCUAAAAUUGAACCAGAAGAUGUUGAAAUGAAGCCAAAUGUGAAACAGGAAUCCGAUGAGAAGGAAUCAAAAGACUAUGAUCGUAGAGAUCGUAAAGACAGAAAAAGGAAGCGAUCUACUAGUUCACAAGAUGAUCGCCACAAAAGUCCAAGUAUUGUUGACGAUGAACCAGAAAUAGAUUAUUCUAGAGUUUUAUUAUCUUGGUAUGAUUCAGAUUUGAAUUUAAUAAUUGAUAAAUCAAAAUUUUUAUCAGCAACCCCAAUGCAUAAUGAUGGAUUUGGAUACGUCUGGGCUGGUGCAAGAGCAUCAUAUGGUUUUACCAGUGGAAAAAUAUAUUAUGAAGUAAAAGUUACUCAUCAGUGCAAUGUUACUCUUCAAAACGAAGAAUAUCCUCAUGUUUUAAGAGCUGGAUGGUCAACAGCGUUUACAUCUAUGCAAUUAGGUGAAGAAAAAUUCAGUUAUGGAUAUGGGGGUACAGGAAAAAUAUCUACAGGAAAUAAUUUCACGGAUUAUGGUCCAUCCUUUGGUUUAAAUGAUAUACUGGGAUGUUAUUUAGAUAUGGAAUCAGGUGAUGAAAUUGUAAUAACUUAUACGUUAAAUGGAGAAAGCCUAGGUGAAGCAUUUAGAAUUCAAAAAUCUGAACUUGAAGGAAAAGCACUUUUUCCACAUUUAUUAACCAAAAACUGUGCUUUCGUUUGCAAUUUCGGUGAUGAAGAAGCGUGGAAUCAAAAAAUUCUUGAUGGAUAUUCACCAGUAGGUCAAGUAGACAUUAAAGAUCGAACACCUGGUCCACGACGACCUGAUAAAAGAGAAGAAUGUGAAAUGCUAAUGAUGUGUGGUUUACCAGCAUCUGGAAAAACUGUUUGGGCUAAUAAAUAUGCGUCGGAAAAUCCAGAAAAAAUGUAUAAUAUUCUAGGAACUAACGCUCUUAUUGAUAAAAUGAAAGUUAUUGGAUUGCCAAGGAAACGCAAUUAUCAUGGUAGAUGGGAAACACUGAUAGAUAAAUGUUCUCGUUGUCUAAAUAAACUUUUGGAAGUAGCGGCUACCAGACGACGUAACUACAUUUUGGACCAGACAAACGUAUAUCCUUCCGCACAAAGGCGCAAAAUGAGGAAUUUCUAUGGAUUUCAACGGAAGGCGAUAGUUAUAGUACCAACGGAUGAAGAGUUCAAAUCGCGUACUGCUAAACGCGAGGCCAUCGAAGGCAAGGACGUUCCUGAUACCACGGUCUUGGAGAUGAAAGCGAAUUUCAGUGCUCCAGUGGUCGGAGAAUCAUUUGACAGUAUCGAAUGGAUUGAACUAGGUGAAGAAGAAGCUAAAAAAUUAAUUAUUAAGUACAACAAAGAAGGCAAAGAUGCUGGAUAUAGUGUACAGCAAACAAGUAAACGACCAAGAUUUGAAAAAAGCGAUAGUCACAGAGACAGUCGUGAUGUAAGAUCUAGUCGAGACAGCAGAGAUAGUAGGGAUUAUCGUGAUCGCCGAAGUGCUUAUUCAGACAGAAAUCGCAGUUCAUCGUGGCGUGGUGGCAACCAUAUGGGAGGAGGAGGAGGUGGUUGGAGAGACAGAGGACCACGGAGUAUAAGACAUAGUAGUGGUGGUUAUGGAUCUUCUAGUGGCUGGCGUGGUCGUGGAGGACCCAGUUCAAGUUCAUCUCAUCGUGGUUCUGACAGGCGUGGCAGUUCUUCAAGUGACAGGCGAUCGGCAAUUGAUCGUAGCCGAUCUGGCCCGCCUUCCAGACAGGGUGGCGGAUGGGGUCCGAUGAACAGUAACUAUCAUAAUUCUUCACACUCAUCUGGAGGAGGAGGAGGAGGAGGAGGUGGAUGGAGUGGAAGUCAACACGGUGGUGGAUGGUCUGGUAGUCAAUCCCAAUCACAAGGAAGUUGGGGUAGUCAACAAAGUAAUUGGAAUCAGCAACAAAAUUGGGGUAGUUGGAAAAGUUAUGGACAAUCAAGUUAUAAUCAGAAUAAUUAUAAUCAGCAAGGAUAUGGUAAUGGAAAUUGGGGCAGUUGGAAUCAACAACAACAGUAUUACAAUCAGUAUUGGGGCCAACAGUCGCCAUCCGUCACAUCCAGUGGCCAAACUGCAACGUCGGGUGGUAGUAAUCCAACUACUUCAGCUUCUUCAACAGUAAGUUCGUCAUCAUACAACAAUUAUCCAGGAGGAUGGCAAGGUUAUUCACAAUCAUACUAUUCAGCUGAUGGUUCCAGUACUGGUACCCAACAACAAAAAUAAAGUGAGUAUUUACUUUUCAGAAAAAUAUAUCACAAAAACCACUGGAUUAUCACUAUUAUAAAAAAUCAGUUAGUUUAUAUUAAAGAAAACUAAUUUUGCGACAUUUAGAUGGAAAAUUGUGUGCUUUUAUCGUCUUACUGACAGUGAAAGAAACAUUUUGAUUUAUACUUUACAUUUAUUACUAAACAUCCAUUUUUUCUUGCAUUAACUAUAAUGCACAAUAAUAUAACUAUUAUCAUUAAUAUUAAUUAGUUGAAAAUCAAAUGACAUAAUGUUAUUAUAAAAAAUUACGAGGCGAUAAUAUUGUACGUUGUUUAAAAAAAUUUUAAAAAUGCAAAAAAAAUUUAUUGAAAGUAGAAAAGAGUAUGAAUUUUUUAAUCGACUCAAUUUAAAGUAUCACAAAAAUAAAUAAAUAAUAAUAAUUCUAAAUAAUUUUUUCCAUGGCAAGUAAUGUAAAUAUGUACAGACUUUGUCGUUUAAAUAAAACCAAUUAAUCAUUAUUUGUAUUUUUCAAUGUUUGACAAAUAUUAUUUCAAAAAUAUCGAUGUAAAGGGGACAACUGUCUUUAUACAUUUCGGGAAAAUUUAUGAUAAUAUUGAUAGAUUUUAAUUGAUGGUACAUGUAUAAAAGAAAGACGUAAUAAAUUUCAAACUAUUUGAACCCAUUUAACAGCCUCAAUAAACAUUCCUUUCAUGAAAAAUAUUUUGGAUAAAAAAUGAAUAUAAGAAUUGAAAAAGUAAUCAUAUGUUAUAGUCAAUUUACCCUUUAACUUUCUUUCUUAUUUUAUUUUUAUUUCUUUUCAUUUUUUAAUUACAGUAUGAUACCUCACUCAUUUUGUUCACAUCGUUUAAUAAGUUUACACGGCUGUACAAAUUUCAUAUAUUAUAGAUAUUAAAAAAAUAAAAAUUCGAAAUUUCAAUAUUUUUAAUGUCUGUAAUUAAAUGCAAUUAUAAAUUAAUUAUCUAUGAUGAUGAAAUGAAAGCUUAAACGAAUGGAUUGAACGGAAGUCUUAAAAUAUGAAUUUACAUGUCUGUUUUACGAGAAGUGACAUUAAUUUUAAGAAAAAAUAACAGCCUAAGUUAUGUACUGUAAUUACAUGAAUAAUAAAUAUAUUAACAAUUAUUAAAGUAAAUAUAUAAUGUAUAUGAAUAUGAAGAAUUGCAGAAAAGAUCAUUUAAAUAUAAUCCAGUGGAAAUGAAAUGUUACAGGUAAAAUGGAUAGUUCGACGCUUUUUUUUCUAAUUAACUACGAUGUUUAUAUAAAACUGACACUGUCGUACUAUCACUUUUUCUGCGACAUUAUGUACAGCGCAAAAAAAUAUUAAUUAAUAAAUACUUUUGCAAAUAAGCAAAAAUAUUUUAAAUGUUAGAUGAUAGACGAUAAAGAAUGGCCAGAGGUUAAAGUUGAAAUAACAUAAAAUUCGAGUAGUAUAUGUGACAUGUAUAUUUUAAGAAUUCAAAAUAGAUAUGAAAAAUGGUUGUUAUAACCGAGAAAAAAUAUACGAACUAUCUAAUUAUAAUGCA